AGAGGGGUGGGGCGGGGGUGAUCUGCGUCAUCCGUUCCUUGCCCCGCCCAGGAGGACCGUCUGGCCCAGGGGAGGAGGGGGCCUCGCGCGGGCUGUUCAUGGAAGAGAUGUCCGGAGAGACAGUGGUGAGCACCGCCGUGCCAGCAGCCACGACCCGCACCACCUCCUUCAAAAGCGGCAGCCCCAGCUCCAAGUAUGUGAAGCUGAACAUCGGCGGGGCCUUGUACUACACCACCAUGCAGACGCUGACCAAGCAGGACACCAUGCUGAAGGCCAUGUUCAGUGGCCGGAUGGAGGUCCUCACGGACAGCGAAGGCUGGAUUUUGAUCGACCGAUGCGGCAAGCAUUUUGGAACCAUUUUAAACUACCUGCGCGAUGGGGCCGUGCCCCUCCCAGAGAGCCGGCGGGAGAUAGAGGAGCUGCUGGCCGAGGCCAAGUACUACCUGGUUCAAGGCCUGGUGGAUGAGUGCCAGGCUGCCCUCCAGAACAAAGACGUCUACGAGCCUUUUUGCAAAGUGCCCAUCAUCACGUCCUCCAAGGAAGAGCAGAAACUCAUAGCCACGUCCAACAAGCCGGCGGUUAAACUGCUCUACAACCGAAGCAAUAACAAAUAUUCCUACACCAGCAAUUCGGACGACAACAUGCUGAAGAACAUUGAGCUGUUUGACAAACUCUCCCUGCGCUUCAACGGGAGGGUCCUGUUCAUCAAAGACGUGCUGGGAGACGAGAUCUGCUGCUGGUCGUUUUACGGCCAGGGACGCAAGAUCGCGGAGGUGUGCUGCACCUCCAUUGUCUACGCCACCGAGAAGAAGCAGACCAAAGUUGAAUUCCCCGAGGCCCGAAUCUACGAGGAAACCCUGAACAUCCUCCUCUACGAAGCCCAGGACGGCCGGGGCCCCGACAAUGCGCUGCUGGAGGCCACCGGGGGGGCAGCCGGGCGCUCCCACCACCUGGACGAGGACGAGGAGCGCGAGCGCAUCGAGAGGGUCCGUCGGAUCCACAUCAAGCGCCCCGAUGACCGCACCCACCUGCACCAGUGAGGGGCUGCAGCAGGCCAGCCCCCUGCCCCCGACUCGGCUGGCCUCCGGCCGGCUGCCUGGACUGUCCUUUUCUACCUAGAGUAUUUUUGGAAUUCAACCUGUGGCGCCCAAAUGGACUGUCCCCCGUGACCGAGUCCGGGGUGCAGGUCCCGGCCUUUGCAGCACUUCUGUUUCCGGGCCUGUUUUGGGUGGGACCAGGCAGCAGCCUCUGGGGGGCUCCGGUCGAGUGGGCUCCUUCCAGGGGGGGUUCUGGACGAGCCUUCAUUCCCAGGGGGAAACGCUGUGGCUAAGCCCCCUGGCCACCCAUGCAGGGGAUGGGAAGGGGGCCUGCUGGGGGAGGUGUUCCCCCUCCUGUUGCCGGAGGACGGAGGGUGGUGGGGCCAGGUGGGAACGUCCCAUUUCUCUCCCCCCUCCCCCCCCCAGGAUGCUGGUUCCCCUCUUGCCUUCAGUAGAUGUUGCAAAGCGCCCCUGUGGCCUUCUCUCUCCUCGCCCCCUCCCCCCCUUCCGAUCCAAGACCAAAGGCCUCGUCCUCCCAGCAACGACCUCCUUGCCGUGUCCAUGUGUGAUUCGGUCUCCUUCAUCCUGGGACCAGCAGGCUCAGCCCAGCUGGACCGUCUAAAUUAGAAGCCGUUUUGCAGAUGGGUAGAACGGGGGACCCGAGGAGGCUGUGCCCCAGCAGUGAGGCUCCCUAGGCAUCUCCUCUUGGCCCCUUGGACUCCAGAAGAGCCACUAAGGCGCUCUGGAUUAAAGGGGGCCUGAGAAGGGAGAUCGGGGGGGCCAUUUGCAGCCUCCCACCCAGAGGUCCCUCAGCUCCCCCCCACACACACACAGGGUGAGAAGGAAUCGGCAGAAUCUAUCUUGCUGCACCAGGCGGGAUGAGGCGGCCUUUGCUCCGUAACCCUCCUUGGAUCAGGUUCCGUUGCAUCUCUCCAGUCCUUUAUUUCGUAGCAGAAAUCCUGUAAUUUGGAGUGUAAGCGGCCGGAAACCCAAGAUGGGCUGAGUCAGAUGUUCUGCAAAGGGUUCAAGGCGGCAGACCAAAGUCCAGAACUAGCUUAUUCCCGUUUCCGUUUAAGAAAAAAGGUGGUUAGUUUUAUUUGGUGUGUUUCAAAGUUUAGGGACCAGGGUAGCCAAAAAGCAACUGUUGAAAGAUGCUGCAAACCAAAACGGGGGUAUCCUGUUAGUCGUUCAGUGGAUCCCUGGCUGCCUAUUAAUGCCCUCCCGAGAUAUUUAUUUCCCGGCAGCCUUUUCCCGAGCUGCUAUUCCCAAAACAUCCGCAAAGUUGUCCUCCUCCUCUCAGAAAGGCCGGGGAGCCGGCCCAGAGGAAGGGGUGCGGUGCGCUGGGUUUCCUCUCUGGCUGUUUCUUGGGGCGAGGGAGGGGCUCUGGGUCCAGGGCGGUAGAGAGGACGAUCGAUUCCAGGAAGAGGGGCAGCCGGGCUGCUGAGCCCGAAAUGAAACAGGGGAACCAGGGAAGAAAUAUUUGGGGGUGGGUGGGAUAAUUAGCACCCCAACCCAAGGAAGAAGAGCAGCUGGAAGCUUUUCUUUCUUCAGCCUGCUGGCGAGGCAUCUGCCUUAGAUCCAAUUUGGGCCACCCCCCCUCCCCCCCCCUCCAGAAGGGACCUGAGUGCCUGCAUCAGCCUGUCCUGGGGCGAUCCAGAUUCCAAAAAGAGUUUUGCCAAAGGAAAAGUCCCGUUCCCCCCCCCCCCCCCCCCCCCCCCGCCCCUGCUUUCUGGCCCCCAGGCAGCCGAGGGUCUUGUGAACAACAGACAGGUUG